AUGGUCGUCUCAGUGUUUGGUUCAAUUGAGUUUUCCUUUCACGUAGUCAACAGCGUCACAGGACUGCCGGCAACAGCGGCCCAAGACUUCCGCCAACAGCGGCCCAAGACUGCCGUCAACAGCGGCCCAAGACUGCCGGCAACAGCGGCCCAAGACUUCCGCCAACAGCGGCCCAAGACUUCCGUCAACAGCGGCCCAAGACUUCCGCCAACAGCGGCCCAAGACUUCCGUCAACAGCGGCCCAAGACUUCCGUCAACAGCGGCCCAAGACUGCCGUCAACAGCGGCCCAAGACUGCCGUCAACAGCGGCCCAAGACUUCCGCCAACAGCGGCCCAAGACUUCCGUCAACAGCGGCCCAAGACUUCCGCCAACAGCGCCUGAAGACUCCCACCAACAGCUCCCGAAGACUCCCACCAACAGCUCCCAAAGACUCCCACCAACAGCUCCCGAAGACUCCCACCAACAGCUCCCAAAGACACCCACCAACAGCUCCCAAAGACUCCCGCCAACAGCUCCCAAAGACUCCCACCAACAGCUCCCAAAGACUCCCACCAACAGCUCCCAAAGACACCCACCAACAGCUCCCGAAGACUCCCACCAACAGCUCCCAAAGACACCCACCAACAGCUCCCGAAGACUCCCACCAACAGCUCCCAAAGACACCCACCAACAGCUCCCAAAGACUCCCACCAACAGCUCCCAAAGACUCCCACCAACAGCUCCCAAAGACUCCCACCAACAGCUCCCAAAUACUCCCACCAACAGCUCCCAAAGACUCCCACCAACAGCUCCCAAAUACUCCCACCAACAGCUCCCAAAUACUCCCACCAACAGCUCCCAAAUACUCCCACCAACAGCUCCCAAAGACUCCCACCAACAGCUCCCAAAGACUCCCACCAACAGCUCCCAAAGACACCCACCAACAGCUCCCGAAGACUCCCACCAACAGCUCCCGAAGACUCCCACCAACAGCUCCCAAAUACUCCCACCAACAGCUCCCAAAGACACCCACCAACAGCUCCCAAAGACUCCCACCAACAGCUCCCAAAGACUCCCACCAACAGCUCCCAAAGACUCCCACCAACAGCUCCCAAAGACUCCCACCAACAGCUCCCAAAGACACCAGCCAACAGCUCCCAAAUACUCACUCCAACAGCUCCCAAAGACUCCCACCAACAGCUCCCAAAGACUCCCACCAACAGCUCCCAAAGACUCCCACCAACAGCUCCCAAAGACUCCCACCAACAGCUCCCAAAGACACCCACCAACAGCUCCCGAAGACUCCCACCAACAGCUCCCAAAUACUCCCACCAACAGCUCCCGAAGACUCCCACCAACAGCUCCCAAAUACUCCCUCCAACAGCUCCCAAAGACUCCCACCAACAGCUCCCAAAGACUCCCACCAACAGCUCCCAAAGACUCCCACCAACAGCUCCCAAAGACACCAGCCAACAGCUCCCAAAUACUCACUCCAACAGCUCCCAAAGACUCCCACCAACAGCUCCCAAAGACUCCCACCAACAGCUCCCAAAGACUCCCACCAACAGCUCCCAAAGACUCCCACCAACAGCUCCCAAAGACACCCACCAACAGCUCCCGAAGACUCCCACCAACAGCUCCCAAAUACUCCCACCAACAGCUCCCGAAGACUCCCACCAACAGCUCCCAAAGACACCCACCAACAGCUCCCGAAGACACCCACCAACAGCUCCCGAAGACUCCCACCAACAGCUCCCGAAGACUCCCACCAACAGCUCCCAAAGACACCCACCAACAGCUCCCGAAGACUCCCACCAACAGCUCCCAAAGACUACCACCAACAGCUCCCAAAGACUCCCACCAACAGCUCCCGAAGACUCCCACCAACAGCUCCCGAAGACUCCCACCAACAGCUCCCGAAGACACCCACCAACAGCUCCCGAAGACUCCCACCAACAGCUCCCGAAGACUCCCACCAACAGCUCCCAAAGACACCCACCAACAGCUCCCGAAGACUCCCACCAACAGCUCCCAAAGACUCCCACCAACAGCUCCCAAAGACUCACUCCAACAGCUCCCAAAGACACCCACCAACAGCUCCCAAAGACACCCUCCAACAGCUCCCAAAGACUCACUCCAACAGCUCCCAAAGACACCAGCCAACAGCUCCCAAAGACACCAGCCAACAGCUCCCAAAGACUCCCUCCAACAGCUCCCAAAGACUCCCACCAACAGCUCCCAAAGACUCCCACCAACAGCUCCCAAAGACUCCCACCAACAGCUCCCAAAGACUCCCACCAACAGCUCCCAAAGACUCCCGCCAACAGCUCCCAAAGACUCCCUCCAACAGCUCCCAAAGACUCCCUCCAACAGCUCCCAAAGACACCAGCCAACAGCUCCCAAAGACUCCCUCCAACAGCUCCCAAAGACUCCCACCAACAGCUCCCAAAGACUCCCACCAACAGCUCCCAAAGACUCCCACCAACAGCUCCCAAAGACUCCCACCAACAGCUCCCAAAGACUCCCUCCAACAGCUCCCAAAGACUCCCUCCAACAGCUCCCAAAGACUCCCUCCAACAGCUCCCAAAGACACCAGCCAACAGCUCCCAAAGACUCCCUCCAACAGCUCCCAAAGACUCCCACCAACAGCUCCCAAAGACUCCCACCAACAGCUCCCAAAGACUCCCACCAACAGCUCCCAAAGACUCCCACCAACAGCUCCCAAAGACUCCCUCCAACAGCUCCCAAAGACUCCCUCCAACAGCUCCCAAAGACUCCCUCCAACAGCUCCCAAAGACACCAGCCAACAGCUCCCAAAGACUCCCUCCAACAGCUCCCAAAGACUCCCACCAACAGCUCCCAAAGACUCCCACCAACAGCUCCCAAAGACUCCCACCAACAGCUCCCAAAGACUCCCACCAACAGCUCCCAAAGACUCCCGCCAACAGCUCCCAAAGACUCCCGCCAACAGCUCCCGAAGACUCCCUCCAACAGCUCCCAAAGACUCCCGCCAACAGCUCCCGAAGACUCCCACCAACAGCUCCCGAAGACUCCCACCAACAGCUCCCAAAGACUCCCGCCAACAGCUCCCGAAGACUCCCUCCAACAGCUCCCAAAGACUCCCGCCAACAGCUCCCGAAGACUCCCUCCAACAGCUCCCAAAGACUCCCACCAACAGCUCCCGAAGACUCCCUCCAACAGCUCCCAAAGACUCCCACCAACAGCUCCCAAAGACUCCCGCCAACAGCUCCCGAAGACUCCCUCCAACAGCUCCCAAAGACUCCCACCAACAGCUCCCAAAGACUCCCACCAACAGCUCCCAAAGACUCUGCCAACAGCUCCCGAAGACUCCCUCCAACAGCUCCCAAAGACUCCCACCAACAGCUCCCGAAGACUCCCGCCAACAGCUCCCAAAGACUCCCACCAACAGCUCCCGAAGACUCCCUCCAACAGCUCCCAAAGACUCCCACCAACAGCUCCCAAAGACUCCCACCAACAGCUCCCGAAGACUCCCUCCAACAGCUCCCAAAGACUCCCACCAACAGCUCCCAAAGACUCCCGCCAACAGCUCCCGAAGACUUUCUCCAACAGCUCCCAAAGACUCCCACCAACAGCUCCCAAAGACUCCCACCAACAGCUCCCAAAGACUCCCGCCAACAGCUCCCGAAGACUCCCUCCAACAGCUCCCAAAGACUCCCACCAACAGCUCCCGAAGACUCCCGCCAACAGCUCCCAAAGACUCCCACCAACAGCUCCCGAAGACUCCCGCCAACAGCUCCCAAAGACACCAGCCAACAUUGCUAACUAAGAUACCUUACAUAGCUGUCCUCAGGUCUGUAAAUACGAGACCUGGGGACACUGCCAAGGGUCCGGACGUAUUUACAGACCUGAGGCGUCCUCAGGUCUGUAAAUACGAGACCUGGGGACACUGCCAAGGGUCCGGACGUAUUUACAGACCUGAGGGCCCUCAGGUCUGUAAAUACGAGACCUGGGGACACUGCCAAGGGUCCGGACGUAUUUGCAGACCUGAGGCGUCCUCAGGUCUGUAA